AUGAACGCCUUCCGCCUGCGGCAUCUUGAGCAGGCUCUAGAACUCUACCAUAAGCUGCCUGCGGUCGCUCCGUCAUCUUCGUCUGCUGCGUACCCGUCGUUGCCUCUGGAUCUCUUCGUUCGGCACUACUUCAAAUGCCAAAAAUCCAUUAGCAACGCAGACAAGCUGUUCAUUACCAGCCACCUUUACCAGAUCGUCAAAUGGAAAGGCCUUCUUGACUUCCUGACGCCGCCGCCUGCCGCCUGGAGCAGCCGAAUCAGGACGUAUUUCAUUUCAGACAGAUGGAAGCUCCACUCGACGAAUGAACGACUGCCUCCACAUCUUCGGUGCUCCUUCCCGGAGCCUCUGUUUGCACGUCUGGAGGCAGCACUCGGCACUGUCAAGGCGAUGCAAGUCUGCAACAUCUUGAACGAGGACCCUCCGACCUUUCUGCGCGUGAAUGCAAACCGCAUUUCGCGGGAACGACUUUAUAAAUUCCUUCUCAACAAAGGAGUCCUGGUGGAGAAGUGCGUGAACUCGCCGUUUGGCCUCGUCCUCCCUCAGCGACAGAAGCUCGGAGAUCUUCCGGAGUUUAAGAGCGGCUUUUUCGAGAUUCAAGACGAGGCAUCGCAGUUGGUAGCCUUUAAGCUCCAAGUCGAGCCCGGCCAGAAGGUUUUAGACUAUUGCGCAGGCAGUGGCGGAAAAACACUCGCAUUCGGUCCUCUGCUCGGGAAUACCGGUCGCUUGUAUUUGCAUGACACGCGGGAGCACAUGUUGCUUGAGGCCAAGAAGCGCCUCAAGCGGGCAGGCAUUCAGAACUACCAGUUGCUCUUUCCCCAUGCUACUCAUGAUAAAGUGUUCAAGCGACUGCGAGGUCAAAUGGACUGGGUUCUGUGCGACGUACCCUGCACUGCAACUGGCACACUUCGACGGAACCCCGAGUUGAAAUGGAAAUACUCCGAUGACAAGCUCUUUGAUUUGGUCGCCUUACAAAGAGAAAUUUUUGCAUCUGCUCUUCUUUACAUGAACCCGGACAAGGGGCGUAUCGUUUACAGCACCAGUAGCAUACUCGACGAGGAAAACGUUCAGCAGGUCAAGUUUUUUUGCCAACAACAUGGCUUAGUACUGACUGAGCCUCCAUUUCAUGCGCUACCGCAAUCUAAGGGAAUGGAUGGAUUUUUUUGUGCAGUGCUGGAAAAAAAGUGA